UGAAAUAUCAAGCAACGCCUUACAAUGAGCUCUAACAAGCGAAAGGAAGGCCCAAACGGCAGUGGUGGAAAGCAAGACUUCAAGAGAAGUAAGGUGCGUCAUUGAUCCGUCUUUGUGUAUACGUUGUAUACGUAGACGCUGGUUUCAUUUUUGCUGUCUACCCGCUCGGAUGAAUCAAUAUCGCAAGAGAUUCACGAUUGAUUUCCAAUACUUCAUUCUGGUGUGUCUUUCUCUUGUUGGACUGAAUGAUCUCUUUCUUCUUAUUUUGGCCAUCGUUCUACCAUUAUGGUCCUGCCGGGCAAUCCAUAACGUCAUUCAUUACCCGCCAAUCAUACUUCAAGUCAAAGAAAAGAGCUAAUUGUUGUAGAGUGGAUCCGGUGGAAAGUGGAAAACUCCAAAUCACAAAGCAAAAGAUGAAGUGCGGGUGACAAUUGCAACUGGCGACAUUGGGAUUUGGGCCACCUGCGCGCGAGGCCAGGAAGGAAAAGCAACCACCGAGCUGAAAAGCAUUCUAUAUCAGGUUUGUGUUUAAACAAUAAAAAUUAAUGCAGAUCGUGCUUAUAUCUCAUAGUUCGCCGAGAAAUUCUACGGCCUGACUCAGGAGCCCGAAGAUGACGACGAGGACGGAAAAGAAGUCGAUAUCGAGGCCUCUAUUCAGAAAGAAGCAGCAGCUUUGACCCAGACUCAAGAUAAACCGAAGCUCUUUUCUUCCGUGCGUAUUGACAUUGAAUGUGUCCUGUUUUUCAAAGUUCAGCCACCAAUUGAUCCUGUCGACUUCGUACAUCGAAUUUGCCUCGAGAUCGCUUCGAAGCCUGAGGUCCGAUUGACCAGAUAUGUGAACAGACUCACACCAAUGACGCUAAUCGGGAAAGCCACGGAGAAGGGUCUUGCAGAAGUAGGAAAUACCGUUCUGAGUAAGCACUUUCAACUCAAUAUCGACGACACACCGAAAGAUGCAGACGAAGAUAACGAUGGCGGGAAAGGCAAACCCAAGGAAGCUGCCUGUUCGGUAAGUAAAAGAAUUGAGAAGCAAAAUUGCUAUGCAGAUGCAUCUUCUUUAGAAUAUUAGAUUACUUCUGGGCGCUAACUGUAAACCAGUAUGCAAUAAGACCCACUAUUCGCAACCACACAUCUCUCAAACGAGGUCCUUUAAUCGAACAAAUUGCAUCUUCCAUCAAAGAUAUACAUCCUGUCAACCUCACUAAACCUGACAAAGUGAUUAUAGUCGAAAUUUACCAGGUAAGGAUUUACCCUAGACAAUUCUCAAUCCUCCGCACUCUCCAAUUUCAGCGACAUGCAGUGCUACGUUGUACUUUCAAUGCAUUCAUCUGUUAACACAAAACUUAGACUGUAUGCGGCAUGAGCGUCGUAGGAGGUGAUUGGGAAUCACUUAAACGAUAUAAUCUAUCCGAGCUCUACCAACCCAUUCAAAAACCAGCAGCUCAGUCUGAAACUGCGCAGCGAGGCGGAAAGAGAAAGGAGGACUCUAAAGACGAGGUUGCUAAGGACGAGGGCCCCAAGGCUGAGGUUUCCAAUGAUACGGCUACCCUCACUGCCGACUCCUCGGAAUCGAAGUAGGAGAUAUCGGCAAUUUUUCUAGAUCUUUUCGGUGCGUUGCAUGAGCCUCAUGCGGUCGGAGAGUAGCAAUCUUUCCCGAGCGUCAUUGCCGUGCCGCAUGUACAUACUCCCAAAAUUAAACCCCUCAAACCACUGUCGC